AUGGAUGCUGAUACGCCAGAAGCACCUCCUGAAAAUGCUUCUCAGUCAGCUCUGCCAGAACCACAGCCAACAGAUUACUUUGGUUGGUUUAAAUCAACCCUCUCACAGUCCACUGACAUUUGGAAUUCAAUAAAGCGCGAUAUUACUGAGGUGGCCCAUUCCGUAGCCACGAGUGAUUCUCUCAGUGCAGCCAGAGGAACUGCCUCAUCAGUUUAUCGCCAGUUCUCAGAUGCAGUUCAAAAUCUUCAGCAAGAAGGUGCUAAAGCGGAACCAUUACCUGAAGAAACCAAACCUUCACCUGAAGAUUAUCCAACCGAAGAUAUUGACUUCUCAAUGCAAUUCUCCCAUCUUAAAUCCUCCUUCACUGGCAUCGUUAGUGCCUUGGAGAAGGGUAUCUCAGAACUGACCGGUGGGAAUUUCAAUUUCAACUUUGGCUCCUCUGAAGGUGGAACCCCGAAUGAUAAUCGGGAGGCCAGAAUCGAGGUAAUUUGUGCAGAUCCCGCAACUUAUGAACAACCGCCAUCGACAACUCAAAAAGACAUUCUCUCUUACUCAUCUUGGCGAAGUGCUUACUUCAAUGAAAGCACCUAUUGUCCACAUCCUGGAAUCCCUGUUUUCGAAGGAGAGUCUAUUCCCGAUGGUUCCGAUGUCUACACGACGACAACUUACCCUCCCCCUGCUCAGGUCCUUGAAGAAAGUCCCGUAGUAAGAAGUCAUCUACUACGGCUGAUUGACCCGGAUGGAGUAAACAAUGGUGGUAUUCAGGAGAGCGAUUUCUGGUCGAGGUACUACUAUCGUAUUUGGUGUCUGGAUGUUCUGGAACUUCGUCGUUCGCGAUUGAGUAGAAUUAAUGUGGGUGGAGAUGGAAAGAAAUCGGAAAAGGAGGAAUCAGAUACUGUUGAUGCAUGGCCGGAGUUAGUCGAAGGAGUUGAACCGAAGGAAGGAUCCGGUGCUAACAUUGAUUCGUCACCAAUCAUAGCAGUGAAGCAAGUGAAAGAAGAACCAGAAGGAGGUGAAUUGGUUUCCAAGGAGACGGAGACCAUUUUAUCAAGUCCAGCUAGUAGUGUCGUGUUGGUAACCAGGGAGGAAAUGACCGGAAGUUCGGAAGAAGGUGCUGAAGAUCGAAGUGAUGACGAUGAAGAAGACCUUACUCAACAGGAGCCAAGAGCAGACACGAAUGAGAGUGAAGAUGAUAUGGUAGCUCUCCAGUUAACGGCAGAAUCCCUAAAAGAGGAAGCAGAGGAAAUGGAAAAGGGAUUGUCAGAAUUUAAUGCCGAUGAUGGCGAUGGUAAAUCUGAUCCGGUGAGUCACUAUAUUUCUACUGUUGAUUUUUGA